GCCACCUAUCAGUGUCCAUCAGUGCCAGCAGUCAGUGCUCAUCAGUGCCACGUGCCCAUCAGUGCCGCCCAUCAGUGCCAGUCAGUGCUACCUAUCAAUGCCAAUCAGUGCCACCUAUCAGUGCUGCCAAUCAGUGCCACCUAUCAGUGCCCGCCAGUGCCGCCUAACAGUGCCAGUCAGUGCCGCCUAACAGUGCCAGUCAGUGCCGCCUAACAGUGCCAUUCAGUGCUGACUGACAGUGCCAGUCAGUGCCGCCUAACAGUGCCAGUCAGUGUCACCUAACAGUGCCAGUCAGUGCUGCCUAACAGUGCCAGUCAGUGCCGCCUAUCAG